AUGGCUACAAGUGAAGAAUGGCAAUGCAAGAAGUUUGAGAACGGAUUGAGAAGCGACUUAAAGGUAUUAAUAUCCAGCUUGUGCAUUAGAUCAUUCCCUGCUAUGGUUGAGAGGGCUAAAGUGUUAGAGAAGAACGUGGCUGAUGCCGAGCAACAGAAGAAACAACAGUUGAGCAGGGGGCCGGUUUUAUCAAGAAAUACCUCUACUGUGAGAAGACCCUCGUACGCUCGUCCAACCCAAUCCUCUGGUGGAUCCCAAGGCUUGGCUACUGUCGGCCAAUCUGGACAGCAAAGGAGUUUGACUUGUUUUCAGUGUGGAGGACCGCACUAUAGGUGGGCCUGUCCUCAACUGACUGGGGGAAAAUACUGCAACAAAUGCAGAAGGAGCGGACACUUGGAUCAUGAGUGUAACAUGGGAGGUCGUGCGGCAGCAAGGCCGCCGAACGCUAGAAGAACACAUCAAGGGAGAGGGGGACGUGCGCAGGCAGUAGGGAGAGUGUAUGCUAUCACGGGUGCUGAAGCUGCUAGUUCAGGUUUAGAGGUAAUUUUGGGGAUGGAUUGGUUGGCUACCAAUCGCAUUCUCAUAGAUUGUGGUAAGAAAGAGUUAGUCUUUCCGGAUGAAGAAGAAGAGGAAUUCUCAGUGACGCUCGGUCAGCUGAAGGAAUAUAUAGUAGAGGGCGCCUACUGUUUUCUGAUAAUGACGCAUUCAGAUGAAGGAUUUGAAGGAGUGAAAUGGGGACGAUCGUCGCAAAAUGAGUCGAAUGGAGGACGAUCGGUAAUUGAAGAAUUUCCUGAAGUCUUUCCAGACGAGAUACCUGGAAUGCCUCCUAUUCGUGAGGUUGAAUUUACGAUCGACCUGGUGACGACAGCAGCGCCAAUAUCUGUUCAACCUUAUAGAAUGUCGCCUGCGGAGUUGGUUGAGCUCAAGAAGCAAAUAGAAGAAUUAAUGGACAAGCAGUUCAUCAGGCCGAGCGUAUCGCCUUGGGGAGCGCCUGUGUUGUUGGUAAAGAAGAAGGAUGGCAGCUCCAGACUUUGCAUUGACUACCGGCAGCUUAAUAAGCUUACCAUCAAGAACAAGUAUCCACUUCCUCGGAUUGACGACCUACUGGAUCAGUUGCAGGGAGCGAGCGUAUUCUCAAAGAUUGACUUACGCUCGGGCUAUCAUCAGAUUCGGGUAAAGGAAGGGGACAUUCAGAAGACGGCCUUUAGGUCUCGUUAUGGGUAUUAUGAGUAUGUGGUAAUGUCGUUCGGGGUGACGAACGCGCCAGCAAUCUUCAUGGACUACAUGAACCGGAUAUUCCGACCAUACCUGGACAAGUUCGUAGUGGUCUUCAUUGAUGAUAUCCUGAUUUACUCCAAGAGCCAUGAAGAGCAUGAGGAACACUUGCGGGUUGUGCUUGGCGUGUUGAAGGAGAAGGAAUUGUACGCCAAGUUAUCAAAGUGUGAAUUUUGGAUGAAGAGCGUGCAGUUCUUGGGACAUGUUGUGUCAGCCGAAGGAAUCUCUGUGGACCCGGCAAGAGUAUGA